UGCUCAUCAGUGCCACAUCAGUGCCACAUAUCAGUGCCUACCAGUGCACAUCAAUGCCACCUAUCAGUGCCAGUCAGUGCCACCUAUCAAUGCCAGUCAGUGUCACCUAUCAGUGCGCAUCAGUGCCGCCUAUCAGUGCCCGUCAGUGCUACCUAUCAGUGCCGUCUAACAGUGCCAGUCAGUGCCGCCUAUCAGUGCCAGUCAGUGCUGCCUAUCAGUGCCACCUAUCAGUGCCGCCUAUCAGUGCCAUAAAU